UUAUAUUGUUAAUCCGUUACAUAAUACAAAUUCUGAUAAAUUUGCUAAGAAAUUUUGUUAGAUACGCUAGACCAUUUUAUAAGCAAGGUAUUCCUCUUCCAAAUGCUGUACAAAACGCUUGUUAUUUUAAGUGUCUACAUUGACAUUGCCAGGGGAAUAUCUUCUGACGACAUCAUAGCCUCGCACAACUACCCGGUGGAAACACACACAGUGGUCACAAGGGAUGGAUAUUUACUCACCGCAUUCCGCAUACCGUCCUCAAAGUUUUGCACGAAACUAGGACGAAAACCGGCGGUUCUCUUCCAGCACGGAAUGACGGCCUCGUCGGAUGUUUUCAUAGUGAACGGACCCAGAGAUGCCUUGCCCUUCAUGCUGGCCGAUGCCUGUUUCGAUGUGUGGCUUAGUAACUCGCGGGGCACCCGGUACUCCAGACGCCACAUCUCCCUGGAUCCCUCAAAAGAAGCCUUUUGGCGCUUCAGCUGGCAUGAGAUUGGGUUAGAAGACGUGGCUGCCAUGAUAAACUAUAUCCUGGUUACCACAAAUCAGAAAGCCCUGAACUACGUGGGUCACUCGCAGGGCUGCACCACGCUGGUGGUUCUUCUUAGCAUGCGUCCGGAGUACAAUAAGUUAAUCAGGACAGCGAUCCUGUUGGCUCCCGCUGUCUUUAUGCGCCACACAUCCACAUUGGGACAGACUGUGCUGAGGAACUAUAUUAUGGCAUUGCCCGACCGCGAGUUCAUGUUCCACAAUAAGUUUUUAAAUAGGAUUCUGAAGUCUAUGUGCGGGCUAUUUGUAGUGAGAGUGUUCUGCACGACCUUUUUCAAUGAACAUUUUAACACAAGUACUAUUCCUUUGAUUGCGGCCACGCAUCCGGCAGGAAUAUCUUCGCGCCAGCCAAAGCACUUCAUCCAGCUCACGGAUAGCGGAAGGUUUAGAAUGUUUGAUUUCGGGAUCUUGAGGAACUUGAUCACCUACAGGUCCUUCGCACCGCCCGAUUAUCCGCUGCAUAACGUCCGUCCCCUGACGCCUGUCCACAUUUUCUACAGCGAGCAGGACUUCUCCACAAGUAAGGAGGAUGUCGAGCAUUUUGCCUCUAGGUUGCCGGCCGCGGUGAUGCAUCGCAUCUCUGAAACUUCAUGGCACCACAUGGACUUCCUUCAUGCCUUAACCGUCGCUGAAGUGAUUAACAAGCCGAUUAUUGAAAUUCUUAAAAGGUUUAACGAACUUAAAUAUUACUAUAAAGACUCUGAUUUCCCAGUAAGGGCUCAAACGAAAGUUCAACUUGGCAUGCAAAAUUUCACGGGACAUACCUAUGAUUACCGCAUUAGAGUAUUUACUGGCCUCCACAUCAUUGACUCAUACGACUAUCCUGUGGAAACGCACACAGUUGUCACUAGAGAUGGUUAUAUCCUCGAUAUCUUUAGGAUUCCGUCAUCACAGAAAUGUAAAUGGCGCGGAAUAAAGCCGGUAGUCUUUCUUCAGCAUGGGUUGACAUGUUCGGCGGACACAUUCUUGAUGACGGGACCAAAGACUGGACUUCCCUUUAUGCUGGUCGACAUUUGCUACGACGUUUGGCUGAGUAACUGCCGUGGAAUUCGCUACUCCCGACGUCACACCAGGCUGAAGUCUUCCGAGGAAGAAUACUGGGGCUUCAGCUGGCAUGAAAUGGGAACGGAAGACCUGCCCGCCCAGAUCGACUACAUUCUGACCUACACUCAGCAGAGUGGCCUGCAUUUCGUGGGACACUCUCAGGGAUGCACCACCCUGAUGGUCCUGCUCAGUAUGAGACCGGAGUACAACGAAAAGAUCAAGACCGCCACCCUGCUCGCUCCCGCGGUUUUCAUGCAAAACUCUCAAUCCCAAAUGAUAAAUCAAUUUGAGGGGAUAAUUAUGUCGAUGAAGGACUGCGAUUUUUUUGGACACAACAAUGUAAUGAGAUUUUUGAUAACGAUUAUUUGCAAAUUAGCCAAAAUGAAAAGAUUUUGCACCACACUGUACAUGAUGUCUAGCGCAAAGCCAUCGAGGUAUAUGAAUGAGACCAUCAUUCCAAUAGUUUUAUCCACGCAUCCUGCUGCCAUUUCUUCGCGCCAGCCUAAGCACUUUCUGCAGGUCCGAAGGGCUGGCAAGUUUCAGCUUUAUGACUUCGGAGCCGAGCAAAAUAUGAAGAUCUACAACCAGUCCUUGCCACCGGAAUAUCCACUGCAGAACGUCCGCCCGUUGUCCCCAAUCCACAUAUUUUAUAGCGAUGGAGAUACCAUGACAGUGGCUAAGGAUGUUCUACAGCUGAUCAACACGUUGGCCAGCGUAGUGCCUCAUCGCAUUCAAUAUCCCCUUUGGGCCCACUCGGACUUUAUUUUCGCCAAGUCCGUAGAUACGGUCGUUAAUCAACCAAUAAUUGAAAUUAUCGGCGAGUUCGAGAGGUCUUGGAGGGAGAACAACAAAAAUCCAAAAUAA